GUUGUUCUGUCGUUAAGAAAUUGUGACAGAAUAGUAAAAAUACUGAGUGAGAGUUAUCAUCUCAACUGGGCAACGUAACAAGGUUGACGUUACGUUACGUAUCUUCGGUGAAAACGUGACGUACUAAUAUUGUUUACGUCGUAGCAGCGGUGAGGAUCUAGAAAUUUUCAAGAUAUUGUGAAUAUCAUUUGAAUAGUCGGCCAAGAUGUCUCGCACAGCGUAUCUACAAGACACUCAUUUGGUUCGAUUCAUAGAAGAGUCAUACCGUAGAGAGAGAGACGCCCGUCUAAACUGGUACAAAGAUCGCUUUGGCGAUGAGGGCAUACCUGCGACGGCCAAGGUAGACAUCGUCUUGGAUAUGGAAACACCACAAACAUCAAAGAGAUUUCAAGUUAUGAAGAAAAAGAUUGAAAACUCAACAAAACCAUUCGAUGAAAACAUAACAGUUGACAAGAGACUCACAGAAGGAAAACGAGAGCCCAGAAGCUUUGGACGUAAAAAGGCGAACUUUAAUAAAGUAAAAACAAUACAAUUAGAAUACAACGAAGACGCACCACUGAAUGAUAUGAAACCAGUAUCUGCGGAGACUAAGAAACUGUUAUAUGACGGCUUGAGUAAAGAAGGAAAAGGUACCCAUCAAUACCUCCAGAGCAGAUAUAAGAAAUAUGGACCUGAUGAGAAAUAUGACUUCCCCACUGUUAGCUCCUACGAAUACGGUUGGGGGCUGGGAGGGAAUAACGACUUUAACCAUAGACCUACACAUGGGAGACAAGGCAUUGUACAAAGUACAUUUUAUACACGGAAUAACAAUGGUUGAUCAAUGGUUGAUUUUGGAUAGCGAGAGCUCUGUGUUUUAAUACUAACUAAAGACAUGCCAAUGAUCUUUGCGAGACAACAUUUGUUCAAUUCCAAUUCAUGGAUGGCCUACUGAAUUAUGUAAAGAAAUACGUGGUGUCUUGACUGUUAUGCUGAGGAAUAUAUCAAAGUAACAUAUGUUCCGAUCAUUUGAUUAUAUCUAUUGACUCCAAUCAAUGCAAAGAUUUACCUUAAUGGUGGAAAAUUCUAUGUGCAGAAAAUAUAUAAAAAUGGCCAAAUAUAUAUUUGAGGACAUCAGUAAAUGAAUUGCCAAAAUAUACUUUACAUGUGCAAAAUAUAGCAUUAUGUUAAUAUCAGUUAUAUUACGAAUAUCAAUGUUUAGUAACAAUAACGAAUAAUACCGUAUUCAAUGAAGGGUCUAGCAACCCAUGAGUGAC